UGAUCAGAUUAGAAUAAGGCUUUCGAGCAGCGAGCACUGGGGAGGCACCGGCAGGUUGACACGCCGCCGCGCUCUUAUUCAUCAGCGGCGGGGGGCGCCACAUUCGGCCCCCACCCACAUCCACCUCCCACAUCGUUUUCCAAUGGGUACCUGCAGGGCGCACGCCUGGACGUUCCAGGUCCUGCUCCUCCUGAGUGCCUCACGGGCUUCCCAGUUCCCCUCCUCGCUCCUGAUUAAAGAAUGGGUUGAUCAGAUGCAGAAAGAGCUCAUCACCCUGGCAGACACUGCCAUGGCCGGCAAGAGCCUCACCCAGAUUUUCUUAAAGAACCAGCACCUCUACAGUGUGGAGCAGAAUGAUGCAGAGGAGCUGGUGGCCAGAGCCGCCAGGAACAUCGAACAGCUGCUCCGCAAGAGGUCUACGGCCUUGGAGAAACUGGCAACAGCUGCCGAAAACUUUCAGAGGAAACAUCAGUGGAAGGAUGAGUAUGAGGAUGAUGAAAUUGCAUACUACAAUUCCAAGGACAACCUGGAUUCAAAUGAAACCGAGGGGCGCAAAUCCCAUCUCCGUCCGGACUUUAAGGAGGAUCCGUCUUUUCGACGCCUCACAGACCACAGCCACACGGCCGUGCACAUCCCCACCGACAUCUAUGAUGGCUCAACCAUUGUCCUGAACGAGCUGAACUGGACCGAGGCACUGGAGGACGUGUUUAAGAAAAACAGAGAGGAUGAUCCCACACUUCUUUGGCAGGUGUUUGGAAGCGCUACCGGUCUGGCCCGAUACUACCCAGCAUCUCCAUGGAUGGAUGCUCGCAAGACACCCAGUAAAAUUGACCUGUAUGAUGUACGCAGGAGACCGUGGUACAUCCAAGGAGCCGCCUCACCCAAAGACAUGCUCAUCCUGGUGGACGCGAGCGGCAGCGUUUCCGGCCUGACACUCAAACUGAUCCGGACGUCCGUUAGCGAGAUGCUGGAGACGCUGUCGGACGACGACUACGUCAACGUGGUUUAUUUCAACACCAUGGUGAAGAAGACGGCAUGCUUUGACCAUCUGGUUCAAGCCAACGUGAGGAACAAGAAACUGCUCAAGGAUGCCGUGCAAAACAUCACCGCCAAGGGCAUCACCAACUACACUAAGGGAUUCGAAUUUGCAUUUGAGCAACUCGCUACGACAAAUAUAAGCAGAGCAAACUGUAAUAAGAUCAUCAUGCUGUUUACUGAUGGAGGAGAAGAGCGAGCGCGGACCAUACUGGAGAGAUACAACGCGGACAAAAAAGUGAGGAUCUUCACCUUCUCCGUGGGACAGCACAACUAUGAUAAAGGACCCAUUCAGUGGAUGGCCUGUUCCAACAAAGGUUACUUCUAUGAGAUCCCCUCCAUUGGAGCCAUAAGAAUUAACACACAGGAAUACUUGGAUGUCCUGGGCAGACCCAUGGUUCUGGCGGACAAGCAGGCCAAACAAGUGCAGUGGACCAAUGUGUACCUCGAUGCACUGGAACUCGGUCUGGUUAUUACCGGGACUCUUCCCGUCUUCAAUAAGACCAAAAGCAAAGACGACAGGAACGGCGAGCAUCAAAAUCAGCUCAUUCUCGGCGUAAUGGGCAUCGACGUGUCACUGAAUGACAUCAAGAAGCUUACGCCACGUUUCACAAUUGGUCCAAAUGGAUACUAUUUUGCCAUCGAUCCAAACGGAUAUGUCUUGUUGCAUCCCAAUCUUCAGCCCAAGAAUCCUAAAUUUCAGGAGCCUGUUACCCUCGACUUCCUGGACGCCGAGCUGGAGAAUGACAUUAAAGUGGAGAUCAGGAGAAUGAUGAUCGAUGGCGAGACGGGUGAGCGCACAAUACAGACCCUUGUGAAAAGUCAGGAUGAGAGAUACAUUGAUAGAGGAAUAAGAACAUACACUUGGGCACCAGUCAAUGGAACCGAUUACAGCCUGGCUCUGGUUCUGCCAAAAUACAGCGAGCACUUCAUACAAGCCAAACUGGGAGAUGACAUCAAGCAAGCAAUGUUGAUGGAAACCAUCCAGUUGGAGAACUUUGACAACUAUGGUCACACCUUCAUUGCUCCACGGGAAUACUGCAAAGAGCUGACGUUGUCACUCAACAACACCCAGUUUCUCCUCGAUUUCAACCAGUACAUUGAUAGGAACACUCCAGAUGCAUGCAAUGUAUCCCUUGUGAGUCGACUCAUCCUGGAUGCAGGCCUGACAGCUGAGCUGGUUGACUUGUGGAAAGAUCAGAAAGUGAAUGGGACAGUGGCCAGGUUUGUAGCCACAGAUGGAGGAAUCACAAGAGUCUUCCCGAGAAGCACUGGAGAAGAAUGGAUGGAGAACCCAGAGCCGUACGAGUCAAGCUUCUACAAGAGAGCCCUGGACAACGACAUAUACAUUUUCACCGCUCCGACUUUUAACAUUGCAGCAGAAGGCAGAGAGAGCGUAUCCGAAUCUGGUAUCCUCGUCAGCAAAGCCGUAGAUCUCACCAUCAAUGAAGUCACGCUUAAACCAGCAGUGGUGGGAGUGAAACUCGAUGUCACUUACUGGAUGAACAGUUUCAUGAAUGCUACACUUAAAGAGAAUUGCAAAGAUGAGAUCUGUGGCUGUAUGAGGAAUGACAAGCAUGUCGAUUGCGUGAUCCUAGAUGAUGGUGGUUUUCUGCUCAUGUCCAAUCAGGAUGAUUACAUCAGUUUGAUAGGUCAGUUCUUUGGCGAGGUGGAUCCCGUGCUGAUGAUCAACCUGGUCAACACCUCUUUGUAUUCCUUCAACAAGACCUAUGAUUACCAGUCUGUGUGCGACCCGGAGAAAGACAGCAAGGCUGCGGCGGGGCCCCGCUCUAUCUAUGUGCCAACCAUAGCAGAUUUGCUCAGUAUUGCCUGGUGGGCUUCCGCUGCUGCCUGGUCCAUACUCCAGCAACUCUUUUAUGGCCUCAUGUUCCCCAAUCUACUGGAGGCAGCAGAGUCAGCCAAUGACGACAUUCCUGACGCCAUGUUUAAAGAAAGCUGCAUCACAGAGCAGACGCAAUACUUCUUUGACAACGAUGAAAGAUCCUACUCGGGGGUCCUGGAUUGUGGAAACUGUUCGAGGAUGUAUCGAGCGGAGAAGCUGCCAAACACCAACCUUGUGUUCCUGAUCACCGAUGCCAAGGACACGUGUUUGUCAUGUGACCCCAGACCGCUGCGACAGGCUGAACAACCCUCUGAAGGUCCAGAUCCGUGCGAGCUGGCCCAGAACCCGAGGUACCGGAAAGGGCCAGACGUAUGCUUCGACAACAACGAAAAUGAAGACGACUCUGAUUGCGGCGGAGGAACCGGCCUGAGCCCGAGCCUUGGAACCACGUUCACUCUCCAGCUGCUUCUGCUGCUGUUGCUCGGCUUUCCUUCGUCAAGCUCGUGACGCCUAGAAACGUCUAAACCGACACGACUAGCAUGACUGUCAGUGUAUGUAGAGGAAACUAAGCAGCCAAAACGUUCUCAACGGGCAAAGGUCUCAUGUCACACGAGGAGACCGGAGGGACGCCCUCCCGGAUGGUAUGCUGAUUUUACAAAUGUGGUGUUACUUUGUUCCCUGCGCAGUCUCGGCGUCUUUGUUUUCUGAUGCCAAAGGUUUCUUGCUCAUUUCAUUCUCAAUCCUUAUCCAGUUCCCGUUUUCAUGCUGUACCCAAAAAGAUUCACCUGAGGGGUGCAAGGGUAAGCGCAAACCAAACCCUUUAAUUCUGUUUUGUUUUCAAGAUUGUGUGCUCACUGACAGCGUUGAUUUGUGUGGUUGUUGCUAUUGUUUGUAUUGAUGGCGUAUGAACCCCGAGUAACUCCGCAUCCCGUCAUUCUUUUUGUUGUCGAGUAUUUAAAAAUGUACUGUACCUGCUCAACAGACAUUUUGCUACUAGCUCAGUGUUGUAUUGUAGAGCUGUGUGCUUUAUAUCAAGCAAAAGACAAUAUAGUAAUCAAAUCAUGAAAAAAAAUGAACACGCUGUCCCAAAAUGUUGAUUUCUAAAUAUUCCACAAACUAUAAUCCCCAAUUUAAUAUUAAUUUUACAACAUUGCCUCCAAAAAUAAGCCUGACGGUUUAUUGACAAUUUGGAAAAUUAAAGUUAAAGUCCCAAUGAUCGUCACACACACAUCUGGGUGUGGUGUCAUUUAACCCAUCCCCAUGUGAUUUUGAUCCAUUCCCUGGGGGAGAGGGGAGCAGUGAGCAGCAGCGGUGCCGCGCUCGGGAAUCAUUUGGUGAUCUAACCCCCCAAUUCCAAAUGUUCACCUGAAGUGCGCACUCUCUUGAGUUUCACUUACAAUCCAGGCUAAAUUUAGCUCCAGAAAUACAAAAAUAUUAAUCCCUCAGUUGAUCCCAAUUCCACUUGUGGGAUGAAUGGUGAAUAUCCCCAGACAGCCUUUUGGCAGAGUAAGUUUGUUUUCCCAUGGUGCCACGGGAAAUUCUUGGAGCUUUUGCCAUGCUGAAAAGAUGUAUGAGUGAAUUUAAAAAUACUUUUUAGAAUUGCCAAGGAAUUACUGUACCAUGACACCAAAGCUCCAAGUGGUAGUAAAAUCAAACAUUUACUAUAUUUGGUCUUUAUUCAUAUAUAUAUAUAUAUAUUUUUUUUUUUUUGAUGCACUGGAUUCCCAGUGCCUGUAUCUGAACUCAGAUGCCCCUUUUCCCGCUGCACACUCGACAUUGACACAAACAAUGUUCUACCUCUAGUCCCUGCUCAGUUGAGGUUCCAAGCAUAUGCAUAAUGUCAAAAUUAAAAAAAACUUACCCUGUUGCUGUGCCCUAGUUUUGGAGACUGUGUCGUUAUACUCCACAGUCUCCAUUUUUCUGCCCUCAAUCUCCUCUGAAAUUAGAUUUGUCAGCCUCGAAGCAAAGUGCGCUAUCCAUCCCAGAUGGAACCUACAAGACUGUAGUGAAAUGAGUCAAUUUUUACGAAAAUCUUCUCAUUUUAUAUUGUGUAAAUUCUGCACUGGAACAAUUAUACCAAAAUCUUUUUUGGUGAUUUCAUAGCACAAUGUCAAGCAAAAUGUCAUUUUGCUGAGAUGUAGUUGAACAGUGCUUAUGCGCAAUUUCUUACUAAAUUCUUGUGAAAGCGUGUUAAGGGCCAAAACAUGAAGGAUUGAUGAGAAUGCACUUUCUUCCUGAAUCCACCUCAGCCAAAAGCAGACUCCAAUUCACGCUCUAACAUUUUGCUGAAUUUGCUUUCUGCUUUUUCUCUGCAACACCUGACUCAGGAGCCAAGAUGACUUGUGAAUGAGCUCAACAUCAAACAUGACUGUCUUUGUUUUCCCUGCCCUCUUCCUGCUUGUUUCCUCUUUGUUGUCGCUCUCUUAAAAGUGCUGUGAAGCAGACGCUGGCUUCAGGCCUGCGCGUCGAAAACGCUGCAAAGUUCCUGGGUUGAGCUUUAUUGUUUGUUGUGUUUCGAGCGCCCCCGCGGUCGCCAUCAGGGCCUGCUGGAGAGAACAUGAGAGGACAAAGAAUGAGUGAUCAUCCAGCAUUGCCUUACCUCUCCGUUUUAAUCAACAUCAUGGUUACCACGUGCAUGCCUUCUGAGGUUCAAGUUCUCUCCACCUUGCCUUCGUGUUGCGCUGCCGGUGCCAGGUGUGCAGCUGAUGCCUGUUUAUCAAAGUGUUGACGUGUGUUUAUAGGGGGGGGGGGGCAGAUUCCCCUUCUCCCCUCCUCCAUAUCUGAUUGUGCUUUAAUACUGUACAUUAUUUACUCUUUUUGUGGAACUUGACUAUAGCCCGAAUAACUUUUUGUAUACAUUUGUACACUAUUUACUGUAUAAAAGAGAAAGAUAACAGAAAGGAUUGAAAAUAUUUAUAACAUGGUGUUAAUUAUUGUGCAAAUAUAUUCACAAUAAAAGUGUUGUGUUGUUAUGCCCUU